UGAACCUGCGUCCUCAUGGAUGCUAGUCAGGCUCUUAACCUACUGAGCUACCAUGGGAGCUCCUUGCUUAUUCAAAGGUUAAUCCCUGUUCACCAGCAUCAGCCUUCAAGAAGGCUCGUGUUCUUAGCUCGCCGUGGUCUUGGGACAAAUGAUGCAGCUUUCGGUGUUUUGGUGAGGAGAAAGAAUGAAACUCUGGGGACAGACUGCGCCCUCCUCAUGACCCCAGCUCGCUCGCUGUCACUGCCCUGGAGCGAAGGGCCGGUUUCACGGGGUCAGUGUGGUCUCUAACGAGGCCGCGGGUCCCUCGGUAGGAGGGGCAGAGGCGGGACGGUUCGUUGUGUAAAAUCUUGUGUAAAAUCGACGUCUCUGUCCUUCUCCUCUAGGAGACGAUGCAUCUUAAAAGGAAAGUGCUGCUGUUGGUCCCGUGGCUCUCAGCCCUCUUGCUGCUCAAGCGUUACUUCAGGAACGACCGAGCAGAAGAGCUGCCGCUCUCAGAAUGGUUUGAUCCCAGGAAACGCCCUGAUGUGGUAACCACCACGAGCUGGCACGCUCCCGUGAUCUGGGAAGGCACGUUCAGGAGACAGGUGCUGCAAAGACACUACAGAAAGCGGAACCUCACUCUGGGCCUGGCUGUUUUUGCUACCGGCAGGCUCGCCGACGAGUACCUGGAGCCGUUCCUGCUCUCGGCGAAUGAGUACUUCAUGAGAGGCCACAGGGUGGUUUUCUACGUCCUGGUGGACACCCUGGACCGGCUGCCCGAGCUCGAGUGGGGGCCCCUCCGACGGCUCAAAGUGUUUAUCGUCUCGGAGGACGGCUGGCCGUCCGACUUCCAUCUCAGGCGCAUGAGCAGCCUGGGCAGGCACAUCGUUGAAGGCAUCCAGGGCGAAGUCGACUUUCUCUUUGGUAUGACCGUCACCCAGAUCUUCCAGAACCACGUCGGGGUGGAGGCCCUGGGCACGCGGGUGGCUCAGCUGCACGGCUGGUGGUACUUCCAAAACACCAGGAGUUUCCCCUACGAGCGGAGGCCCACAUCGGCAGCCUGCAUCCCGUUUGGACAGGGCGAUUUCUAUUACGACGGCGCGUUCAUGGGUGGCACGCCCCUGGAGGUGCUCGACCUCAUUGACGAGUACCUGAAAGGUGUCAUUCACGACCUCAACACCGGGCUGAACAGCACCUACGAAAAGCACCUCAACAAAUACUUCUUCCUCCGGAAGCCCACCAAGCUGCUGUCCCCCGAGUACAACUGGGACGCCGAGUUCUACCCGCCGCCCCAGGUCCAGUAUGUCAAGGUGGCCCAGCGGUCCAAAAGGAGGUUCUGACCCGGCCACGCGGCCCCCAAGCCGCAGCCCCUCCUUCAAACGUUUCAGUUUUCAGAGGCAGAAACAGGUACCCCGCCCAGCAGAUGUUUCUGCCCUUGCGCUUGGGAGGCAUCCAGCUUGGCCAGUGCGGGAUACAGAGGAGAAGGCUGAUGCUUUAAUGUUUAAUCCCCGGUUGUGUGGAUAAGCUGGAAAGGAUUUUGGAGGCAUAAAAAGAAUUUUUUUUUAAAUGGAGAAAGACUCUAGUUGGGGGAAAAAAAUACAUAUACACACCCAGAUACAAAAGGGCAAAGGACCACUUGCAGAGGGAAAGACAAAGCUUUCAUCCGCUCGCUCACGAGGGCGUGGGGUGCGUCUCAGGCUUGGGAGGAACGCUGCUGCUGCCGCCCGGACCCUCUCACGCCGUCCAGCACGUCAUCGGAUGCAUGUGAACGGGAGGCGUUCCACCAAAAACGUGUCUUUGUUUUAUUGUUGCAAAGAGAGGCAGCACGUUCGUUUUAAAAAAAUCUACAGGUGUUAAUGAAAUUAGUGAAUUUUGGUCACACAUGUGGCGUAUGGAUAUUCCCCGGGCCAGGGAUCGAACCUGAGCCACAGCGGCGACCUACGCCACCGUUUUGGUAACACUGGCUCCUUAACCUGCUCUGCUACGGCGGGAACUCCUAUAGGCACUGAAUUUUAUUUAUCAUUUAAAAAGCCCCCUGCCGGGUGCGGUGGUGGAAGCAGGUGUCUGCCAGGUGUGAUGAGGGUUAGGAAGCAGCACUGGGUCCUCGAGCAGCUGCGGGGCAGCUGGGAGAUGAGACUGUCGGCUGGGUUUCCUUUGCGAGUUCAAAGGGCUUGGAGUGGGCAGCGGGGUGCCGGGCGGCUCGGGACGGGGAGCUGCCCCCACGGGGGCUCAUGGAGCCUUAGCAGUGCUUUGUUCUCAGCAGCGGGGGGCUGCAGAGCGCCUGUGAGGGCCGGAGGUCGCAACACGCUGCUCUUCUGAAUCCUCUUCCCGGGAGGGCUCAGUGCUGUGGCCUGAGUCGUGUCCCCCUCACGUUCACAGGGGGCGUCUUCGUCCCCAGGACCUAGACCGGGACCGCGUUAGGAGAUACGGCUUUAGCCAGGCCCUUAGGGUGAGAUGAGGUCCCCAGGGUGGGCCCUCAGCCAACAGGACCAGGGACGUUACAAGAGAGAUGAGGCUGGAGACCCGCAGAGGGGGCGCGACGUGAGACCCGGAGGUGUGGUCUACACCGCAGGGAGACGGGCCUCAGGAGGAGCGGCUCCUUGAGCUCGGAUUCCAGCCCCCAGGGCUGUGAGAAGAACUUCUCUCGUGGAGGCCGCCCCCUCCGAGGCACCUCGUCAUGGAGCCCCAGUAAGUGUCCCCAAAGUCGUGGCAAUUAAACCAUAAAAUGUCGAGCUGAUCAAUGAUCACGCUGGAUGAGAAGCCAGAGGCCAAGAAAAGUCAGGUGUCGUCAGGAGCCCGGCAGCGGAGGACCAGCCCCGGAGCCGGGACCAGUGCGCGUCCCGUCGUGUUGCGUCCGCCCCACCCGCCAACACCCUCGUCCUGCAAAUGUCCUUGUCCUUCGCAAGCACGUUGGGAGGUGGCGCUGCUCCUUCCGCGUCUCCCGUAGUUCGUUCUCUCCUGGGACUAAAUCACGGGGCUACUUGCAGGGACGCAUUCUUUCCCGCAUGUCACAAAGUAGCUCUCGAUUUCAAAUCUACCUUUGAGUUUCAACCCAGAGAAAAGAGACAUUCCGUCAGCCCCCAGCCCCACCCCCACGGCUGGCAGCAUCAGUGGCCCCGGCCAGACCUGCCCAGCCGAGGCUAUGAUUUCAGGGCUGCCCUGAAACCGACACAGCUUUUUCCUGACAGUUGAUGGGCCAGGCUGGGAGACGCCCUGAGACGUCCCGCGUUUCUACCGUGAAACCUGUCAUGGGAUCCGGACGCAAGCUCUGAAUUCCUUGAUGACAUAAGGUGGUUCAUGUCUGGAAUUUUCAGGUCCAAGAACAAAUGGCUUUUUUCCUUUUCUGGCCGCCCCGUGGCAUAGGGAGUUCCCAGACCCGGGAUCAGAUCCGAGCCGCAGUUGUGACCUACACGACAGCUGCGGCAGUGCUGGAUCCUUAACCCACUCUGCCGGGCCGGGGAUCGAACCUGCACCGUGGUGCUGCAGCCAUGCAGCCGUUGCCUUGCGCCACAGUGGGAACUCCAAGAACAGCUUGUUUAGAAGACUCCGAAAACAGGUCGCCCCCGAUGGCCUUUCCAACAUCCCUCCCUCCUGGCAAGGGUGUGCUUUUCCACACAGUGGGUGCAAGUUGAACUUUUAAAAAAACUAUAAUUUUGACAAUGUGAUGAGAAAAACAGCAUCUUUUUCCUUGGAUUUCUUAGGGUGACAAUCUCUCUUUUAAACUAGAGUCACCAGCCAUUAGAUCGUGUGUGUGCCAAGGACCAAAUUCUGUCUUUUGCUCAUUUUUCUUCUUCUUCCCCUUCUUUUUAAAUUAAAAUGUUACGGCCGCGCUGAUGGAAUAUGAGGCUCCCGGGGCCAGGGGUUGAAUCCAAGCCGCAGAUGCGACCUCCGGAGCUGGAUUCUUAACCGACUGCGCCACAGAAGGAACUCUGUCUUUGGCUCGUUUUUUGAAGGUGAUACUGCUUUUCAUCUCGCAGAGGGUUUUGAGGUUUGCAUUCACAGACGUGACAGGAACGCUUUGUUAGUCAAAUUUGUUGAGAUUUUUUUUUUUUGUCUUUUGUCUUUUUAGGGCCACACCUGCGGCACAUGGAGGUUCCCAGGCUAGGAGUCGAAUCAGAGCUGUAGCUGCCGACCGACACCAGAGCCACAGCCACAGCUACGACAGAUCCUUAACCCACGGAGCGAGGCCAGGGAUUGAACCUGCGUCCUCACGGAUACUAGUCGGGUUUGUUAACGGCGGAGCCACAGCGGGAACUCGUUGAUGUUUGUUUCCAUGGCGUCGGCCUCUCACCCCCAAGUUGUAGCUAUUACAGAACGUUCAAGAUAAGGAAUGAAGUUUAAGACAGGCAGAGGUGGAGGCCUAAACCUAUUAUUACUUAUUUUGGCUCAAAAUGUCUCGGCUGUUUGCCCACACUAUUUAUUGCGUAAAUACUGCUUUUUCAGAGACCAUUGGAUACCAUGACAUUAAACUAUUGUACUCACGUGCGGUGCUUUCUUGACGCUAUGGGCCGUUUUGCGGGUCCUUCUUUUUAUCCCUGAGCCCGCGCCCCAGAAUCGUCACCCGUGUGUUUUACGGCGAAUUGAUUUACACCCCUCUUCUCUCUAAAACGCCUCAAAACGUUUAUUCUUUCACGUGGAUUUCAGAUGUAGGGGUGCAGUUUGAGGAAACUGCCCCAUUGGCGUGUUGAUUACAUUGCCUGAAAUAGACCGUUGUCUUAAGAUCAGCAGCUGUUUAUGACCUGGAGGACGCGGCAAGAAUGUCACAUCUUUUUAUUCCAGUCAUGUGUAUUCAGUGUCCCAGAGUAAGGCUUUUCUUUUAGACACGAUGCCAACGUGUCCCUUAUAUUUUUCUUUCUUUCUUUUUUUUUUAGGGCCACACCUGUGGCAUACGGAGGUUCCCAGGCUAGGGGUCCAAUUGGAGCGACAGCUGCCAGCCUGCACCACAGCCAC